UUAUGUAUGGCACUUAGAUUUUACGCAACUGGUGCGUUUCUUAGCAACAUCGCAGAGGAGGAAGACUUCCUUACGAGCAAGCGACCAGUGUCGGAGUCCAUUCAUGAUGUCAGCACUGCAAUCAUCCGUAACCUUGCCCCGCGAUACCUGAAGUUUCCCAUGUCACCCGAGGAAACGUUGAGGGUAAAACGAGGCUUUUACGAGAUUGCAGGUCUGCCUGGCUGCCUUGGCGCAAUUGAUGGGACAGCGAUUUCAAUAAUGGCUCCAAGCAGGACAGACCAACGUUUUGUGGAUGGUAACUAUUCCUGUCACAAGGGAUAUCAUGCCAUCAACGUGCUUGGGGUGUCGGACGCUACUCGCCGCAUCCUUUACCUAAAUGCAUGCUACCCAGGGAGCCGCCACGAUUCAGCUAUAUGGAGUUUGUGUGACCUCCGUCGCCAGGCUCCUCAACUGUUUGCAGAUGGCGAAUGGCUUUUAGGUGACCUCGGCUAUCCUCUUGAGCCCUGGCUCAUGACCCCAGUUCGCAGCCCUGCAACGAGUAGCGAGGAAGCAUACAAUGAAGCCCAUCGUAAAACAAGGGUCAGAGUUGAGCAAACAUUUGGUGUUCUGAAAAUGAGGUUCAGAUGCCUGCAGCGAUACAGGACACUACACUUCUCACCGGAUCGGGCCUCCAACAUAAUAACAGCAUGUGGAAUUCUGCACAACAUGUGCCACAAAUACAACACUCCUGAGCCAGCAUAUGAGGAAGAACCAGAGAACUAUGACGAUAACAGUGCAGGAGCGUUGGAUAUAGACAUCGACGAAGCCGAUGAUUUAUCUGUUGUAACCAGGGGACUGUCUAGAAGGAGCCAGAUAAUAAGGCAAUAUUUCUGAUGCUUUACAAUUUCUUCCAUUUUCAGUGCUGUUAAAAUAUUUAGUAUUGUAAAUAUGCUGGUGAUUUCACCUUUGUAAGUAGCUUCUGGAGUAACUAGGCCUGCAAGUACCGUAAUUUCACACGUAUUAGCCGCGGCUUAUGCGCGAUUUUUUUCUCUCACGGACGCUCCGCGGCUUAUCCACCGGUGCGGCUUAUCUGAUGACUAUUUUUUCCUGGCAUCUUCCCCAUACGUCGGUUUUAAUGAAAGGGCCGACAGUGUCUCUAGACUAGUUCUGCCCCGCCGAUGCACGAACAGGGACGGGUCCACAUUCGAGUAGAUUGAUCUUCCUGGUGCAUUCCUCCAAGCAGCUUUA